AUUCACACGUUUGCAUUUCUGACAACCUAAAUAUCACCAAAUGCAUAGGUUGGAGAAAAAUAAGGAAAACAUGGGAAGAGGAAGAAAACAAAUAUUCCUUGGACUUGGUCUGGUUAUGGUGAUGGGUUUAGCUGUUUACUUAAGGCUUUGGACCAUUGACUACAAAUUCUCUUCUACUGAAACUGAAUUACUCAGGAGACAGUUUGAUCUUGCUAGUAGAGAAGCAAUGGAUGAAUCUGCAGUGUGGAGAAAAAGAUAUGAUGAUGAGGAAGUGAAAUCUUCCGCUUGCCAAAAGGAACUGAUUAAGAUUAAGCAAUUGUUGAAGGAGGAUAGCACUGCUAGUAUUAAGAAGAAAUUGGACCUGCUACAGAAGGAAAACAUUGAUUUACUUGAACGACUUGAAUCUUUGAAACAAGAGCUUGAAUCGGAGAAGUUGAAAUGUAGCAUGAGACAGAUAUGACUUCAUCCGAAGCCUGGCGGUCUGGAGAACAUUCAGAAGUUGAUAACUUGCCAGAUUAAUCUAACUCGAACUUGGCCAAGGAGGACUGUAGUUCAGGAGCAUAAAAGUUUCAAACAAGAUUACAGUCCUUAACCAAAUUCACCUGAUUGCUUCAGAAUUUGCUACAUUUUGCAGCAUCUCAAUCCAAAUUUUGGCCUCCCUAGAAUUAUCUCUUUUGCUUAUGAUAAUUCUUAGUUUUUGCUAAGUCCUUAGUUUUUGCUAAGCCCACACAGAGCGUUUUUUUAAAUUUUGGUUUGUACUUUGUAUAGACAUCAGAUAUGACCAAAAGGAGUUCACAAUCAGAGCUUACAAAAUGCAACAUGUUAAAUGCUUUCAGUUUUCAGGAAAGUGAAAUUUGCUUGGCCCUUUGUUCACUAGAA